UCUGGUGACCUACAUCCAGACUCUGUCAAGCCCAGCAGUCAGAGCAUGAUGGAGCAGCAUCAUGUCACCACUCUCACCCUUGACGGAUUCAUCGUCUACGACUCUUUCUUUUGCAUGCAGUUGGAGUAGAAGGUCAUUCGACUAGGGCUUCAAGGCUAUUGCUAUCAAUUACGGCUGCCUGUUGGAGGAGAUGUCACCAGAUGAAGUAGUGCCACACCUGGUGCAACGAAGGCUGCUGACACAGCCACAAGCAGAAGAAGUUUGGGCAAAGAGCAGUCAACUAGAGAAAGUACAUAUAAUAGUAGAUGCACUCCGAGAGGCUAAGAAUAGUAGUGUGGGGUGUUCCCAACAUUCUGUAUGGCUUUGGCUAAUGCAGGACAGUUACAUGUUUCAGAGAGACUCCGUAACAAGUUCCAGAGUCUCCUGAAGGGUGAGGCAGUCUCCCACCAACAAGAGGAAGAUGAAGUCAUGAUUUCUGGAGAGUCAAGUACCCAGCCCUCUCCUCCUCCUCCAGAUAGCCACCUCGUCACUGCUCAAUUGGAGGGUUCUACCCUCACAAGAGCACAGUACAACACCAUACACAGCCUCACCAGCUCCUUUCUCGGUAUCCCCACUAGUGAUCUGGUGUAUGAUGGCCACACCCCCAAUCCACUCACUCUUCACUGGCACUACUAUACUAUUUGUCGGUCAUUAAUUUCUCUCUCUCAUUGCAAUGCAAUGGCACAGGAGGGUAUUAGAAAACUUGUGAAUGGAGAGAAGAUUAUCGUUCUUCAUUUAAAUGAGACCAGUCUUCUCAGUGCUGCAUAUGAUGGAGAUAAAGAGUCAUUGGAUUGUGCUCUGGGAGCUGGAGUGCCAGUUGAUUGUCGGAUUAGUAAUGGGUGGAGUUCACUGAUGUAUGCAUCUCUGAAUGGACAUGUGGAGGUGGUGGACAAGUUAUUACAACAUGGAGCCACAGUAGACCUGCAAGAAGAG